AGAGAGUUGAAACAGGUCUCUCGCUUUCUUUUGCCUCCGCACCUCUAUUUCUCCAUUUCUGCAUUGCACUUUCCUCCCUCUCUUUCUCCCAAACACCCAAACAGUUUGACACAAACAAGCAACAACUUUCCAGGAAAUCAAUCACUGCUGACGAUGUCGACAUGUUUGCCCUCUGGUCUCUGGCGGGCUCACGUAGCUCAGGCUCACUCCAAAACAGGCGUCAGAGUGUCAAAGUAGACCAUUAGCCCCACCACUAGUACCUCAGGGCUAGUUCAGAGUGAGUGGACCAACCGCUGUGAGGUUCUGGACACUGGUAAGCCUACUGAGGGUCAGGGGUCUGAAGAAUGGGCUCGUUAAAGACCAUGUCAGGUGGACUGCUGCUGGGUUUUUGUCUCACCUUGCUGGGAUGGGGAGCUGAGGGACAAUGGAACGGACGCCCCAAGAAGGAGAUAUCGGGCAGUAGCCCUAUCAACCUUGGCCAACAACAACGAGGCACCUGGUGGCCCCUGAUGCAGACCAGAGAAAACCUGACAGAGGUCAAAAGCAUCAAGUCCAUGUUCCAGUUCCGGACGUUUGACCCCGAGGGGGUGGUGUUCUAUGGGGACACCAAGGAGGGAGAGGACUGGUUUGUCCUGAUCCUCAGGAACGGCAUCCCUGAGAUGCAGAUCGGGAAAGCAGACAUCCUCGUCAGUGUUCAAGGGGGACCCAAACUCAACGACGGCAAGUGGCAUCUGGUGGAGAUCAGUAGCCAGGGGGAUUUUGUGGUGCUGGAGGUGGACGGCCAGAAGGGGUUGGUGGUGGGACUGAAGUCCAAAGAGACCAUGGAGGUUCUGACAGGCCAGAUCCGCCUCGCCCUCGGGGGAAUCCUGGUCAGCCUGGACAAGCUGCUCCUCCCGUUCCAGCCAGAGAUGGAUGGAUGUAUCCGGAAGGGGAACUGGCUAAACCUGAGCACCCCCUGGGAGACAGAGUUGAUUGGGGAGCCCUGGCCCUGCUACCAGAACAUCCAGCCAGGGAGCUAUUUCCCCGGAGCUGGGCUGGCUGCAUUCAACACCACAGACCUCCCUGGCCACCAGACAGAGGAGGGUGGGGUUACUAUUGACAUCCAUGGAGACUCCACUAAGAUGGAAGGAACAGUUCUGAGCUUGAAGACCCCUGGGCAGGAAUUGCCCACCGUAACAGUGAAAAUCAACAAUAACCCAAAGAAAGUCAUACUGACCAUCCUCAAGCGUGACACCAUCACCGAACAGAGUUUCGGCAAACUGUCCCUAACCCUGUUGAAGAAUCAAGUGAACAUGGACAUCGAUGACACGCACCUAACAUUUGAGAUCGACAGUAUACCUGACUUUCCUAGACACUGGAAAGAGGGGAUGAUCCUUGCAUUUGGGGGGCUUCCAGGUGAUGGAGUGUCCUACAGUAGCAUCGAGUACCUGAAGGGCUGUCUGGAGAAGAUCCAGGUCCAGGGACAGGAUGUGGAUCUGGACCGGGCGCUGUACAAGGACCUCUCCGUUUCCUCCCAUAGUUGCCCCUCAGAAGUCUGAACCAAGGCUAUCCUGACAGAUCAGAUCUGUGAUGACUGUAUAGAUAAUGUCAUUUAUCUCCAUCAAUCGCCCUUCCCUGGUCGCAUAAGCCUAAUUACAAAUCCCCCCUCCCCCGUCUGCAUUUUAACUGGCUCAGUCAGUAUUCCUUUACACACAGUCCUAAUUUUAACAAUGGCUAAGAGAGGUUUGACCAUAGAAUUAGGAAUUAGAAUACUAGAAUGGAAAAUAACCUUCUUAUGAUGGUCCAAAGGUCAGCCAUGUUGGUGAGGGAGUUGGUCAACCAUGGUUUACCAGUGCUGUGGUAAGAUAUUGUGUAUAAUAAUGAAUGUGAUGAAUUUAUCUGCACAGUAUGUGUGUUAGCUAGCUAGCCAGCCAGUUUUAGAGGAAUGAUUCCAUGAAGUGUUCUAAUUAACUGCCAGUAUGGCCACAUUCCAUUCAAACAAUACAGUCAAUCCACAGUCAUACACUGGCUUAAAUCAGUUGAUGAUAGGACUUAGACAAGUUGUAAAUGCAACAAGUACUGUUAUUGCAUCAUAUAACGGCACUCACAGCUUUCUGUUUACAUAUAUUUUAGAAGCUAUUUAUACAGAAAAUUGGUAUAAAAUCCAUAUAAACUUUAUUUAUAAUUAUAUGACAAUAUUGUAGGUUGACUAUAAUUUCAUUUCACAAUUUAUGACACAUCACAUGGCUUACUUUUAUUUUCCUACAUAAGUAAAAGCAGGAAAUGCAUCACCAUUCAUUCCAAUUAGACUGGUUUUGGAUUUAUUCCUGACCAAGAUAGCUGCCAUUUUGCCCCAUUAUGGAACUUUGAGGGUUUAUGACAUAGUCCCUCUAGUAAUUGAAUAGGAUCUCUAUGGGUUUGACAGUCAUUGUUUGCCUUUGACCAGGUUAUGGGGUGUAAAAUGAGCAGAUGAGAUGGGCCAUUGCUUUCUGAAUUUUCUGUCAAUAAAGAUACAUUGAGCUUGUAGUAGAUGA